AUGCCUUUUUUAAAUAAUGCGCUGAAUGUAAAAGAAUUAAUUCACAAGUUGAAGAGCACCAAUUUUGUGCACACACGGGCUGUUUGCGAAGUGCAUAUAGAGUGUGCCCGAUCCGCCGCUUUUGAAUCACACCAUGUGAGCAGAACGUGUGCCAAUAGAGUGUUUAGGAAAGAGCGCAGAAAACACCUGUCGCCAUUUUGGAGAAGCGCCAAAUAUCGCCAUGUCGCGAAGGGAAAAAGGGUACAAAAUGUUACAUGCAGGAAGAGGACAUCCCCGUUUGGAGCGGUGUCCAGAAAACAACUCCGCCUGCACGAGGUUCAAAUAGACCUAUUAAAUGAGGAAUUAAAAAGUUUGGAAAAAAAUAUUAAUGAAAACAGAAUAGUGACAAAUGAAGAUAAGGAAAUUUCGUUGGCGCAUUUUAAAUACCCAAGUCAAAAGCUUUAUAAAGCAAGUGAAGAAGAAAUAAAUUUAAUUAAAAAAAGUGAAGGACAAUAUUAUUUACCCUUAGAAUGUGAAAAUAGCACAAUGAUAAGGCUGAUCGAUAUAAAGAACAAAGUAUCAUCCCCCAUUUUUCGAUGCGUUCGUAAUAGUAAAUUCGGGUUGAGAAAAAAUGAAAGAGUCUUUUUCUUUUUCUAUUCGUUUUUUAUUUGUUCCUUCUGUUUUUUCAUGGGACUUUGGCAAUACAAAAAAAUGGGGAAGAAGAAAUUUCUGAUUGAUUACAUUAUGCACAAUUUGAGCCAACCAGUCAUAAACAUUACUGACUCGGAUUUCCCAUGGUUUGAUGAUUAUAUAGCUUUGAAAAAGAAUUACCAAAUUUUGCAGCAACACGAAGGGGAAGAAGAUUUACUGAGGAAUUUUAACUUGUUGAAUGUACUUCCCAUGGUAUUAUCAUUUUAUAAGAGGAUAAAAGGACGCCCAGAUGAGGCGUUUACAAAAGGGGAUAAGUCAAUCUGUGUUAACAACAGAAGAGAGGAUAUCCCACAAAAGGACGAACAAGGGAUAGAUGUACAAGCAUUACAUUCUGAUAUUAUUGCGCAUGAGGAGGAAAUAAAAUUAACCGUCGAUUUGGACAAUAUGCAUAGUGUACAUGAUUGGAUGAAUCGAAUAAGGAACGAAAACUUCAUAACCCAGUUUUGCAGAAAAGUUUUUCCGAAAGGUAUAACUGAAGAGGAAUUGAAAAAACUUAUAAUUGAAAAGUACAAAUAUAGGAAAGUGCAGAUAACUGGAGUGUUGGAUACAACUAACGAAUUUUUUGUAGGACCCAAAAUGUAUGAACAUGAUAAAAAAAAAAAAUAUUAUUACGUAAUUUGUCCUAUAUUUUUAAAAAAUGGCAAGUGUGUACUAGUAAAUAGGGGAUUAAUAUGUGGAGAUAUGUUAGAACAGAAAAAGAAGGAAAUUCCCAAAGUAGUGACAAUAAGGGGUGUAUUAGAUCCUGGUGAGCUAUACGAAUGUUCCUUUAGAAAAUUAAAAAACCUGUCCAACAAACAUGUGUACAGCAAUUAUCUGUACUAUUAUGAUAUUGCAGAAAUUUGUCACUAUGCAAAUGUUGCACAUUUUGAAGGCUCCUCUUUUUUCAUUGCCAAUAUAUAUGAUAUAAUCGUUCACGAAGAUUAUAAUAGUGAUAUAAUAAAGGAUCAUUAUUCCAAUUGCAAUAAGGAAGGCACCAAGUUGCUGAACUCUCAUGUGGAAAAAGUAAAUGGCGUUACGUUAGAUGACAUGGAUCGGGAAAGUCAAGAACGAAUAAAACGUUUGUUACAAAGGGGUCCUGGCUGUGCAGGUGGCAAAAAUGAUAAGAAGGAAACCAAUAUAUCAGCUCCAAAUGGAAAACCUUUUCGAUAUGAUGAACAUUUUAUACAUAAAAAGAAAAGGGAGUAUUUCAAAUUUUACGCCGACGAGACAACACAUUUUAAUUAUGCUUGUCAGUGGUUUCUUUUUUCUUUUGUCUUUUCAACCAUCUCUAUGUUUAAGUUUUUGCAGUUCAAGAAGUGGGUUUUUUGA